CAUUUCGGGUAUCGGCGCUAGUAGGUCUUCUUUUGUCUCUGGUCGGUGAUCGGCGUCACCAUCGCUAAAAAAAGAAGGAAUAUGGAAGGAAUUGAUCGAAACGCCCUCGUUGAGAAAAAUUAGAAGCUGCUCUGCAUCUUAUUAAUUUCAGCAACAUGCCGCCACCUGAUAAGAAAAGUGUGAAUAAAGGCAAAACCAUACUGCAAACUUAUUUAAACUCAUUUGAUCAGGAAAAUGAAACAACAGCUACUGUUAUUGCUGUUAACGGAAGUGGCGAUGAAGCAGAUACAGGAGUUACUUACUUUGUGGAUGAGGAAGGUCGGUACUAUUACCAGCCAUCUGGAGAUAACCAAAAUCUGGUCUCUCUACCUACUGAAGCAGAAGCAGACGAUAGUCCAGAGAUACCACAAGAAGCUCAGAUGUUGGUAGAUGGAGAAGCCUAUCAUACGGUGACAUUAGUGCCCUCAGAAGAAAAUGGCGAAUUGAGCUAUGUAUUGGUUAUGCAAGAGGAUACAAAGCCAAUAAUGAAUAUUGAUAUUAAAGUAGAUCAGGAUGAAGAAAAAAACAAUGAUGUGUACAAGUUUGACGAAGAAGAAGAUGAAGAAGAAGAGAAAAAGCCUAUAAUAGAAUUUGCAGAUGAAGUUGAGGAAACUCUAAAGCCCAAAAAAACUUUUGGAACGAGAAGGAAUAAGCAUCAUCGGCCGAUUUUCACAUGUAAUUUCUGCCCAUAUUCAAGUCACAGGCGAUACCUUCUGCUACGCCAUAUGAAGACCCAUUCGGAAGAGCGGCCGCACAAGUGCAACGUUUGUGAACGCGGCUUUAAGACCACGGCGUCAUUGCAAAACCAUGUGAACAUGCACAACGGUAUUAAACCACAUGUGUGCAAAUACUGCAACAGCCCUUUCACUACAUCCGGUGAACUGGUGCGCCAUGUGCGGUACCGGCACACGCACGAGAAGCCGCACAAAUGCACCGAGUGCGACUACGCGUCCGUCGAGCUGUCCAAGCUGCGGCGGCACAAGCGCUGCCACACUGGCGAGCGCCCCUACCAGUGCCCGCACUGCACGUAUGCAUCGCAAGACACAUUCAAGCUGAAGCGUCACAUGCGGACACACACUGGCGAGAAACCCUACAAGUGUGACCACUGCAAAAUGUGCUUCACACAAUCUAACUCCCUCAAGGCUCACAAACUCAUACACAAUGUAUCUGAGAAGCCAGUGUUCCCCUGUGAAUUGUGUCCGACAAAAUGCGGCCGCAAAACGGAUCUGCGUAUCCAUGUGCAAAAACUGCACACUUCGGAUAAACCGCUCAAAUGCAAACGGUGUGGAAAAUCAUUCCCAGAUCGAUAUUCUUGCAAAGUACACAAUAAGACUCAUGAAGGUGAGAAGUGUUUCAAGUGUGAGCUGUGUCCGUAUGCAUCGACCACGCUGCGUCAUCUCAAGACACAUAUGCUGAAGCACACAGAUGAAAAACCCUUCGUAUGUGACCAGUGCGACCAAUCCUUCAGACAGAAGCAACUGUUGCGGCGUCAUCAAAAUUUGUAUCACAAUCCCAACUACGAACCAAAGCCGCCUAAGGAAAAAACUCACACUUGUCACGAAUGUAAGCGAACAUUCGCUCACAAGGGGAAUCUAAUUAGACAUCUGGCCAUACACGAUCCUGACUCGGGCCACCAAGAGAGAGCACUGGCCCUCAGGUUGGGGCGGCAAAAGAAAAUUAAGUUUGUGGAUGCUAAUGUUAAGACGGACGAUUCCGACAAUGAGUCAGAGGAGAAUAUGAAGUUGGACCUCGGCGACAACCAGCUGGAGCGCGGUGAGCUAUUGACAGUGGCCGACGACGACGGCCAGCAGUACGUCGUGCUCGAGGUGAUCCAGGCGGAGGACGGCGACACGCAGCUCGUCUCGGCGCCCGACUACGAAGAAGAAGAUGAAGAAGAAGAAAACGAGGAUGAAGAAGAAAUAGACAAGAAAGAAAUAAUUUAUGAGCAAAUUGAACAAAAAGGCUUGGAUAGAACAAUCAAGCUUGAAUCAGAUGUGGACACUUGCUUCGGAUUUGAUGAGGACGAAGAACCAGAAGAGGAAGAAGAUGGUAUAUCUUACAAUGAUAAAAUUGUACUGCGUUUAGUUUAGUCAGUAGUUUGUAUCAAAACAAGUACCUACAUUCUUUUUGAAAGAAAUUUUGUUGUUUGUAGUUAUUACUACAUUAUUAUACAGAAUUAUUAUUAUUUGAAAUAAUGUAAUUUAGAAGAAAUUGUAACUGUCUGGCCGGAAGGCAGAAUUAAUUACUUUAAUUAUACAUUUUUUUUAGACGAAUUACUUGGAUUUAAAUUUAUUUGAACAUUUUUCAUUUUUUUAUAGUUAUAAGUACAUAAUUUACCUGUAAAUAAGUUUUUGUACAGUAGUUAAACUGUGUGAUAGAGUUAAAUAGAAAUAUAGAAUUAUAGUCAGUAUUUGGCUCAUUAGUUUAAGAUAUAAGAACCAAAAAAUGUAAUUUUUUUUAUUGCUAUUAUAUUUACACAUAAUUCUCCAUAUUCUAAACCAAAAAAUAAAAUUUUGUUUUUGAUAGCAUUAUAUUUACAUGUACAUCAUUCUUCAUAUUCUAAACCAAAAAAUGUAAUUUUGUUAGCAUUAUAUUUAUACAGCAUUCUUCAUAUUCUGUUGUAAGAAAAGGAUACUUAAUAUGUCCCAACAUGCAGGUGUUAUCUUGCCUUAACUGAUUGUACCCAGUAAAAAUUUCAGUCAAACAAAGUUUUCGUUCAUAACUUCUAAAGAAUGAAACUAUAGCAAUAAUUCAAUACUGGCCAUUAUAGAGAAUGGAGAAGUUUCAGUGUUGAAAUUAAAAUUUUCAGUUAUGAUCAAACUGUAUUUAAAUUAUUUAUUAUACAUAAAUUUGCUAGUGGGCCAUUUAAUAAAUGAUAAUAGGGUUAUAAGAUUCGAAAAUUGUUAUUCGAUACCAUUAUAGCUAUUAACUUAUUACUUAAGAGUAAUAUACUAUAGAUACUCUACAAGUAAUGAAAUGAGAAAAAAUAUGCAAUGUUUUUUUUUUUUUGUAUAAAGAUAUUGAUAAAUAAAAUAACAGAUAUACCAAAAUGUUUAGUCGAUUUGUGAUUCGAUGAGAUACAUAUUCCUAAUUAUACAUAAUUAAAGCUACUUAAUAAAACUAGUGAUUAUAAAAUGGAUUUAUUUCAUGUAGGGCAGUCUGUGUUAUGAUACUAUGUCAAGACUAUCACCGGUUCAGCAAGCAGAUUCUGCGCUUUACUCCAUCCGAGGGUCUAUUAUGGUCUUCUUAAUAAUGAUAUUACGCUGCUACCUGACGAUAUAAUAUUCAAUUAACACACACUGUUCCGAACACCCUUAUAAUAUUUCCACCAUUGUUAUGUAUGAAGUAAUACGCAUUAAUGUACAAUUAUAUCACCAGUAUUUUUGAUAUGUACAGAUUUCUUUCUUUAUUUUCUUUCUUUCAGUUUACCGGGCACUAUGUCUAUUGGGUUAAACACAAGCGCGGCAGCAUUUAUUAUCUGUGUAGACUGUAUUAUCUCUGUGGUAACGAACUCAGACAUCUGAGACUACGAAACAAAAAACCUAAAAAUCUACAACUAUUUAGAUGCGAGUAAUAAUUUAAACGUAGUUAUAAUUAGGAAGUAAUAGUACCUCAGUAGACUAGACUAAUUAUUAUUAAUUACUUUUGUUUAUGAAAUAUCAUUUAAGUUAUAUCAGAAGCAAUGUCAAGUGUUCAUUCGUUUUAUGAUUUGAAUUUCUUGAACAUUUUGUUACUUCAGACAUUGUUGGAUUUUGUAAUUAUUUUGCCACUGGAAGAACCUUUAAGCUUGAUGAUUAAAAGAUAAACAGUUAAAAGUUGUU